AUGCUAAAGCAUCAAUUCAUUAGCUCCUGCCUUCUGCGCGCGCAACUGCCUGUGAUCGAUCGAUCGAUGGCGCCCAUCACCCACGACGACUACGUCUCCCUCUGCCUCAUGGCGCUCGCCGCCGCGGGGGGCGGAGGCCACGCUACUGCGGCUGCCAUGGCGGCAACGGCGCAGAACCCGGCGGCGGCUUGCUGGACGACGGCGGCGGCGCAGCACGAGUGCGAGCUCCGCUUCCGGUGCUCCGUCUGCGGCAAGGCGUUCGCGUCGCACCAGGCGCUGGGCGGGCACAAGGCCAGCCACCGGAAGCCGGCGCCGCGGGCCCUGCCGCAGGUGCAGGUGGCAUCGUCGUCGUCGUCUGCCGCCGGAGAAGCGGCGGCGUCGUCGGGCGGCGGGCACCGGUGCUCGGUGUGCCACCGGGGCUUCGCCACCGGGCAGGCGCUCGGCGGGCACAAGCGGUGCCACUACUGGGACGGGCUGUCGGUGUCUGUCACGGCGUCCGUGUCGGGGUCCGGGUCCAGCGUCAAGGACUUCGAUCUCAACUUGAUGCCGGCGGCGGCGGCCGCCGGAGCGAGGAGGUGGGGAGAGGAGGACGAGGUGCAGAGCCCCUUGCCGCUCAAGAAGAGGCGGCUGUCGUCGGGUCCGUCCUUGGACCUUAGUUUAACGAUUUAGUUAUUAUUAGCAGCAUAUACACAUGUUGAGUUUUUCUAAGGCGUUCUAGAUAUAGAGUUUGUGAUGAUGAUAGCCUCAUUCGUUAAUUGUUUAGUAGACUAGCUUCGUGCCGUAGUGAAUAAACUUGUAUUUUAUUUGUUUUGUCCUCACUAUUACUGCAUUUUUAUCUUGGAGAAGGAAUUAUUAGCGAUCCACCCCCUGA